AUGGACGAUGAGUAUUCCUACGAUGAGUCGGAGUACGACGAAUCGUUGGACACGAACGACGUCUAUUAUUCGUCCGACGAGAACGAGGCUGAUCGAGACGACUCGGAUGCGUCGAGUGACGACGCGUCAUCGUCGCAUUCGGAGAACAUUCGCUCGUCGACUCCCGACAACGAACGCGGCAUCGACGAUCGCUCGAGUUCGAAUAACGAGAAAUGCUGCAACGAGGACAACGACGAGAACCGUUCAUCCGACGAACGCGGCAUCGACGAUCGUUCCUGUUCGAAUAACGAGGGGUGCUGCAACGAGGAUGACGACGAGAGCCAUUCCUCCGACGAACGCGGCAUCGGCGAUCAUUCGUGUUCGAAUAACGAGGGAUGCUGCAACCAGGAUAACGAUGAUAAUCGUUCCUCCGAUGAAAGUGAUAUCGACAAACGUUCGUGUUCGAAUAACGAGGGCUGCUGCAACGAGGACGACGACGAUAACCGUUCCUUCAAUGAACGCAAUAUCGACGAUCGUUCGUGUUCGAAGAAUGGAGAAUGCUACGACGAUGACGAAGCGACGAAACCGAUCGUCGUGCGAUUGGAUCUGCCGAUUGUACUCGCGCGAAAAAGACCCUUGACCGUGCAACUGCCCCGCGAAGGGAUGAGCAACGCGAUCGACAGCGUGAAUAUUGUCACGCGCGAGCGCAAACGCCCGUGCGUACGAUUGUUCAAGCAUCACAGUGGCUAG